CUAGGCAUGCAGAUUGAUUCUACAAACAUUUGUGAAAGAAUGGGUCGCUCUCAGGAGCUCAGUGAAUUCAAGCAUGGUACCGUAAUAGGUUGUCACCUGUGCAAUAAAUCCAUCCAUGAAAUUUCCUUGCUACUAAAUAUUCCACAGUCAACUGUUAGUGGUAUUAUAACAAAGUGAAAGCAGCUGGGAACAACAGCAACUCAGACACAAAGUGGUAGGCCACAGUAGUGGAGAUGUGUUCUCUGAAGUGAUGAAUCACGUUUCUCUGUCUGACAAUCCGAUGGACAUGUCUAGGUUGGAGAACGGUACUUGCCUGACUGCAUUGUGCCAAGUGUAA